AUGGACGCCUCCAGCACUGUGACCAUCACCACGACUGGUGGCACCGCUCCGCCACCGUACUCGGACGACUUCCCCCUUCCUCUCACUGAAAUCAAAGAGAGGAAGACCACUCCAGCUUCUCCACCUUGCUCUCUCGCCACGAGUACCACCUCGACCCCUUUCGAUGGCAUCGCGCAUGAUAACAAACGCCUUCCUCUGGUCAUCGGCGACGACUCGUGUGCCAACACCCGCCACGUGUUCCCCCCUCGUCCAAUGUGGCUGAAGAUCUACCGCCUCGCGUGCCCGUAUCAUCUUCUCUUCGGAUCCAAUACGAGGCUCUGUACCAAGUGCGGCCAGGAAGUCAAGGUUGGGUGUUGCGGCUGA